GAAGCCUCCAGUUUCUGGUCGUAAAGCAGAUUGCAGUCUGUCUCAGUCCUGACUUUGGCCAGAAUUUGGAAGGAAAGCCCUCCAAGGAAAGCAUGCCAAGGGGGCAGGCAAUGGCAAACCACCUCCGAACAUUUCUUUGCCUUGAAAACUAUAUGGGUCAGCUGUGGCUCGAGGCGGGCAAACAAAUUAAACAGGGAAUCCAGUCCACCCUCGAAAGCAGCCAUUUUGUCCAGGAGAAGAUCAAGGAAGUUUCAGGAGCUUUGCAGGCCUCCCCGGAGAUUGGCAGCUCUAGCUGAUGGUGAUAUACUCGACUCUAGGGAGUUUGUUGGCUUCUUGGGGAGACGCGCCUUGUAUUUGGCAGCCUGGAUCUCGUCCGGCUCUUGCAGGCGCGGCGUUUGCAUGCCACGACCCUCCAUUUGCAGCAAAGAGCAAUGAGCCCAGGGCUCGGUAGGGAGCGGCCGAGAGCCUCUCUUCGGAUUGGCAUUGCUGCAGCCCCGCCAUUGAAGCCACCGAGGAAGGAAAAACACAGACAGGGUCGAGGAGGAGGAGCUGCGCUGGGCAUCUCCGGUGCAAAGAGCCGCUCCCGGGAUCUGCAACCCCCGUCGGCCCCCCCUUGGAUUUUGCAAGCCAGGGAGGCCGCCCCAACUCGCCAGGGGCUGCAAGAGCAAAGCCGGGCCUGCCGGAGUGGCGUUCCUCAGUUCCCCUGGAAGACAGUGCUUGGGAUGUUCCUGAUGCCUCCAGUUCCCUCAUUGCUCACCUUCUGCUGUCACUCCUGAGACAAGAUAAACAGCUCGAGACAGAAAUCCUCUUUAUAUUUUUAAUUAGAUCAGGGUUCUGAGACCCUCAAAAUUGUGCAGGGGUUAAGCGUCAUUGCGCAGCCUUUCCAGAUCUUUUGUUACUUGCGGGAACAUGAAGGGGCAAUCAAGUGCCCUUCCAAAAGAAGGGCCAGAAGGAGCAAGAAACCCUGUCAGCGUGACUCAGUCUGAAUUCACAGGGGAGCGAUCCAGCUGGAAAGCCACGCAAGAGAGCCGAUGGGACCCCUCCAAGGGGAUGCAGCAGCACUGGGAAACUCAAUGGCAGGAAUUCUUGAAGACUCUCCAGUCUCCUCACUCAGCAUGGGGAGGCCCACAAUUGGCAGAAACCCCCCUGUGGGAUGAUGCUAAAGCCUUCCUGACCUCCUUCGAGCAAGUGGCCCAGGCCUGCCAGUGGCCCAGAGAAGAGUGGGUGGCCCGGCUCCUGCCAGCACUCAGUGGAGAAGCCCAGCAGGCCUUUGGCAUCCUGGAGGCCAGAGACAGAGAGGAUUAUGGGAAAGUGAAGGCAGCUAUCUUGCGAGGGGAAGCCAACCGCAUGGAAGCUCUGCGCCAGCACUUCCGGCAGUUCCGCUCCCGGGAGGUGGAAGACCCACGCCGGCUCUACAGCCAGCUGCAGGAGCUUUGCCACCAAUGGCUGAGGCCAGAGAGGCACUCGAAGGAGCAGAUCCUGGAGCUGCUGAUCCUGGAGCAGUUCUUGGCCAUCCUGCCACCAGAGCUGCAGAGCUGGAUCAGGGCAGGCGGUCCUGAGAACUGCACCCAAGCUGCCGCCCUGGUGGAUGAUUUCCUGCUGACCCAACAAAAGGCUGAGACUUGGAAAUGGCAGGAACCCUUGCAAGAGAUGAUCAGGGGCACCCUGGAGGUGGAAGAGUCUGCCUCAGACUUUGAUCAGAGACCAGUCGUCAAAGUAACCAAGGGGAACAAUAGCAGAGAAGCUGGUUUGCUGGGCAGUCAAAUGACAUGUCCUAAUGAUUCCGAUAUCUCUCUUCCUCCCAAAGAGCAAGAUGCUACCAAAGCUAAGCUAGCAGAGAUGCCAGCGACCCUCAAGGAGACUGGCGUGCCAUUGCAUAUGGUCGAGCCAGCUCUGCCGAAGCCCAGCCAAAGGACGAUGUUUUGGCAAGUCAUGCAGGAAGAUGAGGGGAAUGCGGAUUCUUUGGAGGGACUUUUGGUUCCUAAAUCUGGUCUGGAAAAGGGUGACGAGAUGUUCGCCCAGUUCCCAGGGGAAAGUGAGCGGCUCCCUGGCCAAGAUCCAGGUCUCGAGAAGAGAAGCCGGAUCAAGAUGGAGGGCUCUCGGAAGGGUGAGGCAGGGCCAGAGGAGACACAAGGGAUGACAGCAGAAAUAUCACAGUGGAAUUUUCCUGCGGCGACUGAAAUUCAUGUGCCGAGAUGUGUUGAGAAGAGAAGUCAGAUCAAAGUGGAGAACUCUCAGCAGGGUGACUCUGGUCCAGAGGAAAUAUAUGGGACAUUGGCAGAACUAGCUCAGUGGAAUGUUCCUGGGACAUUUGAAAUCCAUAAGGAGAGGUUUGAGUCUAACUGGCAACAGGAGAGGCCAGGACAGAAUGAAGGAAAUCAGUUCAUGGAAGGCCUAGCAGAUUUGUUUAGCAACUCCUACUUGACGGACACUGCAGGAAAACGGCCUGUGUUAACCAACUCUGGGCAAAAGCAUCGCUACCAAUCAGGACUUGUAAUGAUGCGUACGAGGGAGAAUCCCAGCGACGACUCUCCCACGUUGGGGCAAAAUGUCCAGCCAAAACACGGCCUUGAUCAACAGAGGAGCCAGAAGGGUGACAAGCAGUUUGAAUUAGUAGGGAAAAGGGAUACUUUAUUUGGGCAUCAGAGCACCCACGUGGAAGAGAAACCUUGCAACUGCCCCCAGUGUGGGAAAAACUUCAGUUGCGUAAAGUCAUUGAAGAGACACCAGGGAGUUCAUGCCGAAGGUGCAGCCUAUCCAUGCACCCAGUGUGGGAAAGGCUUUCGAUACAAAGAAACUUUGAAAAAGCACCAGAUCAUUCACACAGGAGAGAAACUGCACGGAUGUCCAGAGUGCGGGAAAAACUUCACUUUGAGAGGAGCGCUGACAAGGCAUCGGCGGAUUCAUACUGGAGAGAAACCCUUUGAAUGUUCCCAGUGUGGGAAGUGCUUCAGGCAAAGGGAGCAUUUAACGGUUCAUCGGAGAACCCACACAGGAGAGAAACCAUACAUAUGUCCCGAAUGUGGCAGAAACUUCUCUCGAAGAGAUAAGCUGACUGGGCAUCAGAGAACACACAGGGGACUGAGACCUUAUGGGUGUCCUGAUUGUGGGAAGUGGUUUAGUCACAGAAGCACACUGACUAAACACCAGAACAUCCACAAACCACAUUAACAUGAAUUUGUAUUCCUAGUAGCAUUUUUUUCCUGGAGGCCAUUGGGGCGGGGCGGGGGCGGGGUACCAGUGCUUUAAUUCCUUAUUGCUGUCUCAGAUCUGCCAGAAUUGUAAGGGUUUUGUUUCCACAAAUUUUACAGAACGGUGUAGUGUUCACUUUUAAACUGGGGGUCCCCAACCUUUUUGAACCUGUGUGCAGCUUUGGGGUUGUGAGACAGGGCAGGGGGUGCAACCACCAAAUGGCUGCGAUAGGAGGUGCAGCUUGGUACAAAAUGGCUGCCAUAGCUUACAUUCAGUCACACAGUAAAGAUUCUUGUUCUGUGUUGGCAGCUGCAUCUGAAAAAAAAUGUUUUUAAAAAUCUGCACAGCCAGUCUCCAGGGGCCAAUCAGAAGGCUGGUUGUGCAGAGCCCUGCUCGGCCCCAAUCACUUUCUAAAAACGCUUGGUGGGUCCCAGGCAACGAGUUGGCUGGUACCAUGUUGCACCCAGGAACCAUUUUGGGGACCCCUGGUUUAAUCUUCCCCAGGCAUUGACCCACAGGCCUAGGGAAGAUCCCUUCUCUUGUAUUCUGAGAUUGCGAUCAGUUGUACACAAAAACGCUUAUUUGUGCAUAUUUGCAAGCAAGCUGUGACUAGAAUGCUCAGGACUUGACAUAAGGCUGCCAGUCAUUUUUGAAACCAUUGUACCUUUUGUUGCACUUUCCCACCCACCUUCUACCCCCAAGAACCCAGGCUCGCAGUUUGCAAGCAUGCUGACCCCCUGGAAGGACCAUUUCAUAGCUGCCUGAUAAAGUGCCACAAUGUAGAUGUUUGACCUGAGUGCACAUGUACACUCUUGAAGCUGCCUUAUACUGUGAGAUCCUUGCAUGACAAUCACACUUUCCUAGGAAUAAGCUGCACUGAAUAGACUUGCAAAGGUUUUCGAGUGGACCUGCGCAGGGUUGCUUCCUUGCUUGAUAAAGGUCAGUCUUGUCUGCUCAGACUGGACAGUGGCUCUGCAUAGUUUCAAGCAGUCUUGCACACUGCCUAUUACUUGAUCCUUUUCAGUGGAGAUGCUGGGAAUUGAACCUGGCAUUUUCUGCAUGCAAAACAGAGCUCUACCUCUGAGCCACAAGACCCUUUCCUGCAAUAGAGCUCUAACUUCCUAUGGUUCCCAUGGCUCUUUGGUCCUCUGUAUGAUUAGCAAAGAGCAUGUAAAGUAUACUAAGACAGUCCCAGUUGUAUAUUUUCUUUGGUGUACUCAGUGCCAGGUUUACAGGGGAAUUUUAUUUUGACACAGAAUUAGAACUAGCUAGGUUCUCUUUUCUGAAAGGGAAGAAUGCUGUAGGUGUAAGAGGGGCCAUAUGAUCUUAGGAGCAGUGACAGAAAGAUAAGUCCAGCAGAGGCUCCUGGAUCAGCUGGGGGGGGGGAGGUUUCAGGCCCACCCACCCCCAAAGGAGAAUUUGCUGGGCUUUGAACAAGCAGUGACCAGA